UUCUCUAUUGUUACAUUCUAAUCCAAGAUCCUCAUGGUGAAAAAAAGUAUCAUUCUUCUUACAGAUGGAUUUGAAGCUUCGUUUUUACUAUUACUUUCAGGAUAAAUCAAAGCGUAACUUAAGAAAUAAUAUGUGGAUUUUUAUCACAUUUCUUUUCACAACAGUUUAUGGAGCACAUAUUCCAUUAGAAGAAAAUGGGAACAGCGUGUGUAGCAAGGCUCCUUCAGAAGCAUGCAUGUUCCAGAACACUAUUAAGAAAUUUACAGAAACAUCUGUUAGUGUAGACGAUCUAUGCAAUGAAUUGGUUAAUCUUCAUCACUGCAUGUCGAAUUUCUUUGAAAGCUGCGAUACUGAUAAAAACCAAGUUCCAUUCCGAUCAGUUUUCGAUUCAGGAAUGAUUCUGAUGGUUUGCAAGAAUAAUUCUGCCAUUCACAAAACUUUUACUGACAAUGCGAAGUGCAUUAGCAAUACUGUCAAGAAAAUGGGUGAAAAUGGUUUCUGCAGAAAUCAUCUCACUGCUCUAGCUGAAGAAACUCCAGAUAUCCAAGAUAAAGUAAUGAGUUUCGUCACAGACGAGCACAUGGGGAAGUGUUUGGAAAUGGUAUUUGAAAUUGGAUGUAUAGCUACUGAACUAUCUGAAUCAUGUACUCCUGAAGCAAAGCAUCUGUUUAUAUGGUUCGUAGACUUAAGCAGAGUGUCAAAAAGUGUGUGUUCCGAGGAAUAUGAAGCAAAAAUUGAUGAAUUUGUGGAGCUUAUGAAGUUUGACCUGAAGCAUUAAAUAUUUCUUUUAAAGUUUAACAGUUUUUUUUCGUAAAUACAUAUAUAUUUUUUUAAAUUUCUGAAAUGAUAUUUUAAAUCAUCAUUUUUGGCAUCUUUACGUGCAUAUCAGCAUUUUGUAUUGAUAUUAAAAAUGCUACAUUAUUGUCGAA